AAUUAUUGGAUAUAAUCGAUAUGAUGAUAUUCAUACUUGUAUGAAUAUUUUUCGGCUUACAUAAUAUCCUAAUUUUCUCGUAUUUAUCCAAUAAUAUAUUGAUAUACCAUUGAUUACACUUUUUUGGUAAUAUAGGUGAAUUAGAAAUUUGUUUGAUCAUAUUGUGAAUUUGAAAGGCCAAAAUGUAAAACAAUAAAAUUUAAUACAAUCUGACGCCUCGUAAUUAUAUAACUACAUUAAAAAUUGAAAAAAUACUAAAUUGUUUUCUAAAUAUGGAAACAACUGUAAUGCUAAUCACAUUUAAUUAAAAAAAGAAUAUUGUAUUUAUUUGACAAGAAAUGGAGCCAAUAAGGUUUCUGCCUGUCAUGGAAAAGAUAUUUGUCAGUCAAGUAAUGGAGGCGUCAUCAAGCGUAGUAUCUACAAGCAAAGGCCAAACAAAUAUGACACCUAAGAAUAUGAAUGAAAAGUCAAGCCCCUGGUAGUGCAACUGAAGUAUGCAAGGGCCGUAAUGAUGUUAUUAUUGAUAAUGUUCCAUCAACUAAGGCUCAUGAAGUUGGCUAAUGAUGAAUCAGACAUGGUCAAUAAUGCGAAGGUUGUGGUCAAGUCUUCCUCGCAGCCGAGCACGUAAUAGGACAAAUAAGAACCAGCAGCAGCUUUAUCUUGUCAUGGUCGAGUUAUUAACCACUAGAAACCUCUACUAUGUUAUAGAUGGUCCUCCAAAAACAAACUCUUUGUCACAAGAGGCUAAGGUCCACGUACAAUCUACACUCAUUUCACAGUUUCUUCAUCUUCCUCUCUCUACAAAAUAUACCUAUGAAGGCUCAUGUAUGAAUUUUAACUAUUCUUCUACCAAGGUUUGUAUUGAAUCAUUUCUCUUCUCAGUUAUUUGUAUAUUCAAUUGAUUUUAAAGCAUAUUAAUUUUUGAAUAAUUGCAUUAAUUCAUUCUUCAGCCUUUUUAUGUUCUUUUUAUGUACUAUAUAUACAUACAGAAGUCAAUCUUCUUCAUAAUAUAGCUUGCUUAGUCUUUUUAGUUUUUAAUUUUUUAGUAUGAUGUAUUCUCUUCUUUUAGAGUUGGUUACUGAUAGAGAUGAUUUGAUGAUAAGGGUUAGGAUUUGUAGAAUGUGGGAUACCAUAAAUUUCAAAAAAAAUGGGGAAUUGAUCAGUUUGGAUAUGAUAUUUGUCGAUGAAAAGGGCAAUUUGGCACAUGCUAUAGUCCGGAAAAAUCACAUUAGCAAGUUCAAGCACAAGUUAAUUGAAGGUUCAUUGUUUAUCAUCAAAAACUUCAAAAUGGUUGAAAGUAGUGGUGUAUAUAGACCAGUUGAAAACUCUUUAAAAAUAAUUUUCUUUCCCUCAACCGUGAUCAAGAGUUUAUCUGAAGAUAUUGUUCAUAUUCCUAUGAACGGAUUUCACUUUAUAAAAUCAGAAUUGAUUGAGUCAAGGGUGAACAAUAACGCGCUCUUAUCAGGUAUAUAUAUAUAUACACUCUUUUAAUUUUCAAAUUUUACAAAACUGUUCAAUUAUCAACGUUUUCAACACACACUUUUUCUUCUUCAUUUAUAAAUGUGGUGGGUUGUUUAUAUGGAGUUGGUGAUAUGGAGAGCGCUGAUCGAAGUGGAGAAAAAGAGACAUCCAAAUUGUUCCAUCUCAUAUUAAGUAGUUUUAUUUUUUGUCUAUCUAAAAGAGUGUUACUUUGAAAUCAUACAUUGAUCUUUUUAAACAAUUACAUGUAAAUGAACUAUCAUAUUCUUAUUUUUUCUUUUCCUGGAUAGUUCGGCAAAGUCAAAAAUAACCUUAUGGGAAGAUUUGGGAGAGAGCUCCUUAUUUUCACAGCAAGGAUUCUGGGCCAUAUAUUGUGAUUGUGACUUCCACAACUCUUGAAGAAUUUUGUGGUAUUAUUUCAGAUUUAAUUAUCGGAUGUUAUAUAUUUAUGUGCUAACAUUAGAUCUUUAUCGCAAUUUUUAUUACGUCCAUUGUUAAUAGGUGAAGUUAGCUUCUGUACCACAUAUGCUAGCAAAGUAUAUGUAAACCUUGAUAUAGAUUACAUAUGAUCUUUGAAGCAAAAGUUUUCCACCAUAUCCACGGGAGUCCAAGUUAUUGAAAGCUCUAAUAUUAAUAGCAUUCCAAUAGAGGAAGAGAUGUUUAUUAACCAGAUGAACAUUAAGAAUUUGUUGGAAUCUGAUUGGAGUGCCGACAUACAGGAAUGCAUUGUUACAAUAAGGAGCAAAAUUACAGACAUAAUAAACUAUUUUAGAUGGUACUACAUUUCAUGCAAUGUAUGCUCGAAGAAGAUGACACCGGCAAAUGGUGUUUAUCCAUGCCUCAACUGCAACAAAGAUUGCAAGUUUCCUUUGGUGAAGUACAAGAUACACGUAAAAGUGGAAGACAAUACCGGAAAAACUGCUUUUGUCUUAUUCAAUGACGUGGCUGAGAAAAUCCUUGAUACAUCAGCUCACAAGUUGUUUAACAAGCUAUCAUCGUUAGAUAACAAUGAUGUUCCUGCCCACAUUCAAAGCCUUUGUGGGAAAGAUUUUAUUUUUAAGCUUAAAUUAAACAGUUACAAUUUGAAAGAGGGGCUUAAAAAUUUUACUGUAUCAAAGCUUUGGAUUCCAUAUGAAAAAUUAGAAUUAGAGUACAAGCUGAUGAAAGAGAAAAAGACUUUGAUAGAGGAUGAAAGUGAGCCAAAAGAUCGCGUUCCCAAAGAACUGUCCACAAAAAAGGAGCUCCUGUUCAUAUUACUUUUGCUUCUGAGGAUAGAACUAAACCUCACCAAUAUUACUGCCUGUCAUGGAAAACAUAUUUGUCAUUCAAGUAAUGGGAGCAUCAUCAAGCAUAAGCAUAGUAGCUAUAACCAAAGGCCAAAUAUGACACCUAAGAGUAUAUAUGAAAAGUCAGUCCCUGGUAGCGCAACUGAGACAUGGCCGAUAAUGCCAAGCAUGCGGUCAAUUCUUCCUCACAGCCGACAACAUAAUAGGACCAACAAGAACAAGCAGAAGUGUGAUACUUUGAUGUUCGAGUUAUUAACUGUUGGAAACCUCUACUAUGAUAUAGAGGAUCAUCCAAAAUCAAACUCUUUAUCCCAGUAGGCUAAGGUCCACGUACAGUCUACACUCAUUUCACGAGGCAAUUCUUCUGGUCUAGAUGGUACAACCGGCAGGGCAGAAUGUAGGCAUCAAAACUCUAGGUGUUCUGCACCUACAUGACCUGCAACUGAGAGUUUUCCCAUAUAGUUGAGGGAAGGUGAUGGAAAACAUAUUUAAAAUAAGCAAUGAAAACCACAUGGCGUGUCUACGCAAUGGGUUUCAACUGAAUUGAAAUAGUAUACUGCCAUUACUGGGCCCUUUCAAAUGAAGUUGCUUCAGUUGGGGAUACCUGCUUUCGGAAGUGUUGAUUUCUAUUGAUAUGCUACAAUUGUUCACUUCUUACUGUCAUUCCACGACUGCAAGUAUAGAUGUGAUGAAAAUCAAGUGUACAUAUUUGCUGCAGACACGGUUCCUAGAUGGCUAACUAUAGCACAACAUGUACAUUUACCCACAGUAGCAGCAGGAGCUGAUAAGUUUCGGAAUAUCUACUUUGGAGAUGCAUUUAAGGCAAUAGUUACCGCCUUUAUAUGCCAGGGAUCACAUGGCCUACAGAUCUGCCUACUUCCCAGCUAAGGCUGCGUUGAAUAGAAAAAAUCCCAACAACAUAUGAAAUGCAAGGUGUAAAUGCCAUCCAUGUGUUCAAAUUCAUAACCCACUUUGGAAUGGACAAAUCUACUGGCUUUUGUUUGAAGUACGCUCCAUUGAGAAUGUAAAGAAGUAUGAGCCAUACAAACUGAUCCACAGUGAAUUGGACACUAAGGCGGACAAGUCUUCAAAGUAAAUGGAGGAGCGGAAGACAAAAACGUUGAUCCUUAUGAUUUGUUGUUUUUGCCCAACUUUAUAUUUUUGUUAGUCAUAAUCUUCUUUGGAUAUAUCGUGUAUAUGAAAGUGAUUCCUCAAUUUAUAUCCAUACUUGUAUAGUUUAUCCUGACUCUUUUUUUCUUCAUUAUUUAUUUCUUCCCAACUCAUUAACUGUAAAACAGCUAAAGACACUUUGCAUUGAUGCAGUUACUUCUGGUGCCA